AGUUGAAUGGGCCUCGUUCUCAAUUCUGAUCUAAAGUUUCAAUUCAAGUGUUUUCUUUACAUUAAAACAGAAUAUAUAUACCGUUAUUGCUAUUUACGUAUAGCAGUUAAGGAAAACUAAUUGUGAACUCUUUUAGGUAAUCAUGAAAAUAGCAGUGGAAGGAUGCGCUCAUGGAGAAUUAGACAAAAUCUACGAUUGCAUAGAAACAUUACAAGAGAGAGAAGGUUUUAAGAUUGAUUUGUUAAUAUGUUGCGGUGACUUUCAAUCUGUACGAAAUGCCGCUGAUUUACGUGCAAUGGCUGUACCCGAGAAAUAUCAACGCAUGUGCACAUUUUACAAAUAUUACAGUGGGGAGAAGAAGGCACCUGUAUUAACAUUAUUUAUUGGUGGAAACCAUGAAGCUUCAAAUUAUCUACAGGAGCUUCCGUAUGGUGGGUGGGUGGCUCCCAAUAUAUACUACAUGGGACGUGCUGGUGUUGUUAAGUUUGGAGAACUGAGGAUUGGUGGAUUAUCGGGAAUAUUCAAAGGGCAUGAUUACCUGCAAGGCCUCUGGGAAUGUUUGCCCUACAACCAAAAUUCCAUGAGGUCUGUGUAUCAUAUCAGGUCACUAGAUGUCUUUAGAUUAUCUCAACUGAAAGAAAAACUACAUGUGAUGUUGACACAUGACUGGCCUCGUGGUAUUACAGAUUAUGGAGACAAAGAUCACUUGUUGAGAAGAAAACCUUUUUUAAGGGAAGAUAUUGAAUCAAACCAAUUAGGUAGUAUGCCUGCAGAAAAAUUACUUCAUACAUUGAAACCAGAUUACUGGUUUGCAGCACAUUUGCACUGUCAAUUUGCAGCAUUGGUCAAACAUGAAGAUAACAGCGAAACGAAAUUUCUUGCUCUGGACAAAUGUUUGCCAAAACGUAGACAUUUACAAAUAUUAGAUCUACCUCAUGAGUAUGAUGGAGAUAAAUGCCUGAAACAUGACGCAGAAUGGUUAGUUGUGUUGAAGAAUACAAAUCAUCUGCUGAAUGUUAAAAACAUGGAGGGUCAUCUACCCGGACCGGGCGGAAAUGAAAGGUACAAUUUUACACCAACCGAUGAAGAAAAAGAAAUUUUAAUUCAGUCCUUGCAAAAUUUAGCUAUUACAUCUGAAAAUUUCGUCAAAACUGCACCUGCAUACAAGCCGGGAGCUCCCAAAGCAUAUCUCACAGACCCUAUACUAAAUCCACAGACAGUAGAUUUAUGUGAGAAAUUAGGUAUUGAUGAUCCUGUACAAGUGAUUAUGGCACGAGCAGGCAGAGUCAUGGAGAAACCAACUGAUCUCGAUAUUGUUGAAACGAAAGCAGAUCUCAAUCCAGUACUAAAAACACCUAUGUCAAAACUAAUUUUACCGGCACCUGUGACACCUAGUGAAAAUGAUUGUGAAGAAAAUACAUGUACAACACCUAUUUCAGAAAAUCCCUUAUUAUUAGAUAGUUUAUGUAAUACUUCUGAAUGUACGACUCCUACUUCAAUUAGUGGGAAGAAAACAUUCAAGAGGCGAAAUAUAUCAAUUUAUAGUUCCACAGAAGAAGAGAGUCAAAGUAUGAACUCAAGUUCCUUAGUAAGUCCAACCAGUCCAUCAAAAUAUCCUAGGGGUAAUAUUGAAUAAAUGUUAGUGCAAAAUUUACAGAUCUAGGAU